AUGCACAACGAUCAGCCGACUGAGGUUGAGUCUCGGACACGAACGACAAGCACAUACGCUGAACGAAAUCUCCUGGAAGACAAAAUCUUUUCUGGCGAUCAACAACAUGAACCCAUUCAAGGCGUCGAAAAAGACAAGAUAUCCACGAAUGCAAACCAGAUCGACCCGGAUCUCAUCGCCGACCGCCGCUUAGGCGUCAAAGAUCGACUUCAAGGAGGUGUAAGACAACGUGUUGUGAAAGAAGUGACGCAGCACGUUGGUACAAGGUGCGCUUCGAGUACAAAGCCUCAGAAAUUUGUCCCAUAG